AGCCCAACAGAGGGGCGGGACUUCCGCGGCCGUUUGGCUGGGUUGCUCUAGUCUUUGCUCGCGCGGCAGCUGCUGCAGCUGCGUCCCGGGAGCUGGCGUCCAGGGCCAUGACGUCAGCUUCCACCAAGGUGCGCGCUCCUCCCCCACCCCCCGGAAACGCGGAGAGUGCCAAGGUUGGGGAGAUCUUCUCCGCUGCUGGUGCUGCCUUCACAAAGCUUGGUGAGCUGACUAUGCAGCUGCAUCCAGUGUCGGAUUCCUCCCCUGCUGGUGCCAAGUGGACAGACACGGAGAUAGAGAUGCUGAGGGCUGCGGUGAAACGAUUUGGGGACGAUCUUAAUCGCAUCAGCUGUGUCAUCAAGGACCGGACUGUUGCUCAGAUAAAGUCUACAGUGAAAAGAAAGGUAUAUGAAGACUCCGGUCUCCCUCUUCCAACUGAGUCACCCAAGAAGGGGCCUAAGAAGGGAGCAUCCAAUGUCUUGAUUCCUGCCCUACCGGUACCCCCACCCACUGGGCCUAGUGUCCCUGAAACAGGGGGCCCUCCCCCGAAGAAGCAGAAGGCUGAUGUGACGCUGAGCGCCCUGAAUGACUCAGAUGCCAACAGUGACCUAGUGGACAUUGAGGGGCUAGGGGAGGCUCCCCCAGCCAAGAAACUGAACUUCGACCAGGACAGCCUGACACUACACUCUGGACUUCUCGUGACCUCUGCUGAACCUCCUUUGCUUUCCUGGUGACCUUCCUAUUUCUGACUCCUUUGACCCUUUUAUCUUGGACCUGUAGACUGAAUGGAAACUUGGAAAAAAGAAUUCUGGAGGAAAAUAAGUUAUCUGCCCUACAGACCCUUUGUGAACACAUGCCCACUGCCCAUGAUGGACAUUUUUUUACAGAAUCAAAUAAAGAUUUCACUCUUAA